AUGUUCGGCUUGGCGUAUUUGGCAUACAUGUGCAGUGAACUGUUUCAUUUCUCCGGAAUCAUCGGAAUUAUUGCAUGUGGCUUAUUUCAAUCCCAUUAUUCAUGUGGGAACAUCUCAAAUAAGUCGUUCAUCAGCGUGACAUACUUCGCUAAAGUGGCAAGGUGA